AUUCUGCGAGAGCUGGCCCAUUCCACAGAACAACAUUGCUCCUGCUCGUCACACAAUCCACUGCUGAAUAUUGGAGAAGAGCUCCUAGAGAUUUGCAGCGUCAUCUGUACUGCAGCCAAGGAAUUGAGCUGAAAAUGAAAACUGCUGUGUUCAUCUUCUGCCUUAUAGGCAUGGCCUACACAAGACCUUCCUCAAGUGAGAGCCACAGCAAGUCUAUAUCAGAUUCACUUCCAGAUUCCUCUUCAUCAUCAUCAUCAGAAGAAAGAUUUAGUACUGCCCCAACUGUAAAUGUGGCAACAGUUCAGUCUAUCAUUACAGAAGAUUUUGCAAGAGGAGAUAGCCUGCGCCGUAGACGUGCAGUUAGAACGUCUUCAGAAUCUUCACACCAGGACACAAACUCCAUUGAAAGUAUAUCUGAUUCAGCCUCUUCAUCAGAAGAAGUCAGCGUUGCACCAACUCCUGGGGGAACAACACCUCUACAGACAAGGGAUAACUCACUUCGCCGUAGACGUUCUCUUGAUCAGGUUGCACAUGGAAGUUCCUCCUCACAUCAUUCUGAGGAGAGUGUAACCACUGAGAGCACAAGUCGCCAGUCCCAACCAUCUGAGAGUUCAGAAGAAGACAGCCAUGAGCAAAGUACCAAGAAGAAUCUACUACAAGAAAUCCUUGGUACAACUACACCAGAUCCAGACACAUCUGAAGAGAGCUCAGAGGAAAAGACAACUCCCGUAUUCGAGCCCUAAGCACUUGACCUAUCCUCAUAUUAUUUUUGCUGUCCACUGCCUUUCUGUUUGUGUGAAUGAUUUGUGUUCUGUUCUGCCAAUGUAAUUAUUCAUUGAGUCUGCUCAGAAUUUAGUUCAUACAAAAAUAUGAACCAAUGUCAGAGGUGCCUUCUCCCUACCAUUCAGAAAACAAAAAUCUUAAAGUAAGGCUUCGUUUUUAUCUGUGUUGGAGGCUUCUGUUACAGAAUCCAUCAAAAAAAUGGCAGGCACAACACGGCAUACCUUUUACCUGAAAAUAUGAUGGCCACCAUGAGGGAAACCGAAUGGACUCUAUUAUAGUUAAUGGGGUUUGUCUGGCACAUGACUGAUCCAUCUU